GGCAUUUGAUUUUGAUACACUCAUCCUGCCCCUAUAUCCUCAGAGCUGCUUGCUCAGAUACCCUGACUCAGAUUCCGUGUUUCGUCUAUUAUAAAGCAUCAUUCUCCGUUUCCUGCACAUCUCCCCGAAUCAUCUCUUGCAUAUCUUAAUUCCCAAGUUGCACACAUUGCUAUCCACAAUCAUUCAGUCCGGUUGCUUUACAUCAAGUUUGCGCUGCUUUAACUGUUCCGAACUGUCAAGAUGAGUACUACAGACGAUGAAAAGAUGAAGAAGGCUGUCAUAGAAGCUAUGGACAACAAGACACCUUAUGCGACUCGGACGGCCAGCGGAGGCUACGAGACAAAGGAAGGGACACUAUACGUCUCUCAACCCUUCCGCUCAAGUUCGAAUAAGAAGCUACGAGCCGUGAUAGCGUUUGCACCUCGCAAAUCCGCGUUCGAGACAGACGCGUCUAAAGACAACGAGUUCAAAGGCUUCUUCACACUUUUCUGGAUAUCCAUGUUCAUUUUUUCUGUAUCAUCCUACAUCCAUGGCAUCGAAGAAACAGGAUACCCACUCCCCUUCGCGUUUGCCGCUAUGUUCUCUCGCGAUGCUAUUACACUGGCACUUAGUGAUGCUGUACUAGUUUUGAGUACUUCUAUAUGCGUCCCCUUUAUCAAAGCUGUCAAGAAUGGCUGGAUCAAGUAUUACUGGACCGGCGUCCUUUUGCAGUAUAUCUGGCAACUUUUCGUAUUGGCCGCCGCUGUAAGAUGGACAUUCAACCGUCAAUGGCCAUGGGUCCAAUCCGGUUUCCUCACCCUUCACUCCUUAGUCAUGAUAAUGAAAAUGCACUCCUACGUCAGCACGAACGGAUACCUAUCUUGCGUCCACUCCCAAGUCCAAUCAGCGCUCUCCGAACUCCAUCGUCUCACGGAUUCCGAUCCCACAAUUGGAGGAUGGGAGAAAGCACUGGCUGAAGCUCAAGCGCACAGAGAUGAACUUGAGAAGUUGGCAGCGGAAGCUCAGGGGACUGCGACUCCAAGAUCGGACAGUGAGAGCGGUUUUGGUGUGGGGAAUGGGGAUGCGAUGACAGCGUCGCCGGGAACGGGGACACCUACUGUACCUGAAGGUUCAACUUCAAGUUACAUCGACAUCAAUGCAGCAGUUGCGCUCCGUCAAAGACUCAACGUAGCCUCUCGACAUCAACGCACUUCCUCCCCUUCAGUCCCAACUGCUACCUCCACCGCUACCUCUACCUCGAACACUGAUUCUACACCGUCGACACUUCCCUCCUCCGCAAAUUCGACAUCACAAAAGCCCGAUACAAGCGGAACCACUCUACUCUCUCCAUCAACUGUGCGGAAACCCGGGCCUCAUCCUCUAGUCGAUCAUCCAGAUCCAAGAGUGAGUGCGUUGGCACACGAGAUUAGUGAGAUGGAGGCGGAGCUUGUGAGUAUGGGACCGCUGUAUGUGAAGUGGCCGGAGAAUGUGACUUGGAAGAACUUUGCGGUUUAUAUGUUGAUUCCGACGUUGGUUUAUGAACUGGAGUAUCCGAGGACUGAUCGGAUUCGACCGUUAUAUGUGUUCGAGAAAGUCGUCGCGACGUUUGGAACGCUCGCGCUGUUGUAUACUGUUACGGAGAGCUUCAUUCUCCCGCUUACACCCUCUCCGGAUCAGAAUGAUCAAUCAUUUCUCAAAUUAUUGUUGGAUCUCGCGUUACCGUUCAUGGUCGCGUAUCUGUUACUAUUCUUUAUCAUCUUCGAAUGCAUCUGUAAUGGGUUCGCUGAACUUUCCUACUUCGCCGAUCGCCAAUUCUACGAUGACUGGUGGAACUCGACCUCUUGGGACGAGUUCUCGCGAAAAUGGAACAGACCCGUACACACCUUCCUCCUCCGACACGUUUACGCAUCAACAAUGGCCUCCUACAAGCUAUCAAAACAAAGCGCCAUGUUUCUUACGUUUUUCUUGAGUGCGGCAGCACAUGAGUUGGUCAUGGCUGUCGUUACCAAGAAAAUCAGGAUGUACUUGUUCUUCAUGCAGCUCGCUCAGAUCCCGUUGAUCGCUAUUGGGAGGAUGCCUGCGAUUAAGAAGAACAAGCUCUUGGGCAAUGUCGUUUUCUGGAUCGGACUUUAUGCCGGGUUCCCCUUGCUUUGCGUGGCGUAUUGCGCAUAUUGAGCUCCUUGCGGCUGCUUGCAGACAUCUUCGAGGACAUCCGACGUACCUUGGAUAUUUGGCUUGCGACAACAAAUGGACGGACGGAAGAAAGGCUGACUUGGAUCUACAUUCAAGUAGCGCGGAGGGGAGUGGGGCAUAUGAGAAGAUGACAAUAUUUACGAUCCCGCAACAAUCUACUGCAGUUCUGUAUAUUGCUCGUACUAUACGUGAUGUUCAUGAUGGGCUGGUAUCUUUUCGUAUUUAGCGUAAGUAUUCAUUAUCUGUCAGGUUACAUGUAUUGUCGAGCUCUAUAAUUCGCGUACAUCGUUAAUCUAUCCUAUUCAUAAAAUAACUAUAGACGGAUGGCCUUCUGAUAGCC